AUGGCCAUGAAACGUGCUGCUUCCUCUGCGGUUCGCUCUCUGCUUUCCUCCACUGCUUCCACCUUCUGCAGAAACAUUCACGUGCCAGGUGAAAGCAAGAAGAUUGUGGGGGUGUUCUACAAAGGGAAUGAGUAUGCGAAACUGAAUCCUAAUUUUGUGGGGUGUGUUGAAGGAGCAUUGGGUAUUCGCGAGUGGCUUGAAUCACAGGGUCAUCAGUACAUUGUCACUGAUGACAAAGAAGGACCAGAUUCUGAACUUGAGAGAAAUCUUUCUGAUGCACAUGUCAUCAUAUCCACUCCAUUUCACCCUGCCUAUGUCACUGCUGAAAGAAUAAAGAAAGCCAAAAAUUUGGAGCUGCUUUUGACUGCUGGCAUUGGUUCUGAUCACAUUGAUCUCAAAGCUGCAGCUGCAGCUGGUAUAACUGUGGCAGAAGUCACAGGAAGCAAUGUGGUAUCGGUAGCGGAGGAUGAACUUUUGAGAAUCCUCAUCCUAAUCAGGAAUUUUCUUCCAGGGUACCAUCAGGCUGUUAAUGGGGAAUGGAAUGUUGCUGGCAUUGCUCACAGAGCUUAUGAUCUUGAAGGCAAGACAGUGGGAACGGUUGGCGCCGGACGAAUUGGGAAGCUUUUACUUCAAAGGUUGAAACCUUUUAACUGUAAUCUUCUGUAUUUUGAUCGACUUAGGAUGGACCCUGAAUUGGAGAAAGAGAUUGGAGCAAAGUUUGAGGAGGAACUUGAUGCAAUGCUUCCAAAGUGUGAUGUAAUUGUUAUCAACACACCUCUCACUGAGCAGACAAGGGGAUUGUUUGACAAAGAGAAAAUUUCAAAGUGCAAGAAAGGUGUCUUGAUUGUUAACAAUGCUCGAGGGGCAAUUAUGGACACCCAAGCAGUUGCUGAUGCUUGCUCAAAUGGUCACGUCGCAGGUUAUAGUGGUGAUGUUUGGUUCCCACAACCAGCUCCAAAGGAUCAUCCAUGGCGCAGCAUGCCAAACCAUGCCAUGACUCCUCAUAUUUCUGGCACCACCAUAGAUGCACAGUUACGUUAUGCUGCUGGUGUGAAAGACAUGCUUGAUAGGCACUUCAGGGGUGAAGACUUUCCUGAGCAGAACUACAUUGUGAAGGAGGGUCAACUCGCAAGCCAAUAUCGGUGA